ACCAAUAAAUCUAGAUUACUGGUAACAAUGGCCGCCGGACUAUUCGUUUUGAUAUAUAGUUUUAAAUGUGUAAUGGGGAAACGCGAAGGGUUUAUAGUCGGGGGUGACUAUGUACGAAAUUUGACAUAUUUUCCUUGGGCGGGAUUUCUGUUGUUUAAUGGCUACGACGAGUCCUAUGGAUGCGGCUCAUCUAUUUUAAACCAAGAUAUAUUGAUAACAGCCGCGAACUGUUUCACAUUUAAUGAUUUUUUCGAGAUAACAGCUACCGUUGGUCACAAGGAUAAGUAUCAAGGAUAUGUUUACCGCGUCGAAGCAUACAAGCUCCACAGCGAAUGGGAUAUAUUCACCAUGAGCCACGACAUAGCUCUGUGCAAACUGAAAAAAAAACUGUAUUUAAGACAUUAUGUGAAGAGAUUGAUUCUUAUGGUGCGUCCACCGAAGGAAAAGACAGCUGAACUGGUCGGAUGGGGCGCAAUCGAAGAAAUUAGAUUCAAGGAUACAAAACUGAUAAAAACCGUAUACCAGAAAUUGUGGACUCGAGAAAAAUGCAAAGAAGUCUUAUACGAAUUACCCGAAGGAACUAUUUGCGGAGGGGAAGAAAAUGGUAGUGACUUCCCUUCUAGUGGAGAUACAGGCAGCGGCCUCGUAAUUAGGCGACUAAUAAUCGUUGGGGUGUACUCGUACAAAGACAUUCGGGUGUCGCGCAGUCUGGGAGUCUACACCAACGUCUCAUAUUUCUACGAUUGGAUUAAACGCAGCUCGAGACAAUUAAAGUGCGACUAGGAAGAAAUCACAUUAUUUUCUAUUUUGAUUUGUUUUGUUUUAUUAGUCACAUGUUAGUC